CUGCGGCUCGCUGGAGGUGGUGGGAACCCGAAGUUUGGGGCGCCUGGGCCUGAGAGGUCAAGGGGCAGUACAGUGCCAGAGGAGGAGAUGGUGAAGCAGACGAUCCAGAUUUUCGCCAGGGUGAAGCCCACUGUCCGGAAGCAGCCGCAAGGGAUUUAUUCCAUAGAUGAAGAUGAAAAAGUUACACCCAGCUUGGAAAUUAUCUUGCCUCGUGAUUUGGCAGAUGGAUUUGUGAAUAAUAAGCGAGAAAGCUACAGAUUUAAAUUUCAAAGGAUUUUUGAUCAAGAUACAAACCAAGAGACCAUUUUUGAAAACAUUGCCAAGCCCGUGGCUGAGAGUGCCCUGGCUGGUUACAAUGGCACCAUCUUUGCAUACGGGCAAACAGGCAGUGGUAAGACCUUCACCAUCACGGGUGGCGCAGAGCGCUACAGCGACAGAGGCAUUAUCCCAAGGACACUGUCGUACAUUUUUGAGGAGUUGCAAAAGGACAGCAGCAAAAUAUACACAACGCACAUUUCUUACUUGGAAAUCUACAAUGAAUGCGGUUAUGAUCUCUUGGAUCCAAGACAUGAAGCCUCCAGUUUGGAAGACUUGCCGAAAGUGACGAUAUUGGAGGACCCUGAUCAGAACAUUCACCUGAAAAACCUGUCUCGCCAUCAGGCAACCACGGAGGAAGAGGCUCUGAACCUGCUUUUCUUAGGAGACACCAACAGGAUGAUUGCAGAGACUCCUAUGAACCAAGCUUCCACGCGUUCCCACUGCAUCUUCACUAUUCAUUUGUCAAGCAAAGAACCGGGAUCUGCAACUGUCCGGCACGCCAAACUUCACCUGGUGGACCUGGCUGGCUCCGAGCGAGUCGCCAAGACUGGAGUAGGGGGCCAGCUCCUGACAGAGGCCAAGUACAUCAACCUGUCUCUGCAUUACUUAGAGCAGGUCAUCAUCGCGCUUUCCGAGAAGCACCGUUCGCACAUCCCCUACAGGAACUCCAUGAUGACCAGUGUCCUGAGAGACAGUUUGGGAGGGAACUGCAUGACAACCAUGAUCGCCACGCUCUCUCUGGAGAAAAGGAACAUCGACGAGUCUAUAUCUACCUGCAGAUUUGCACAGCGGGUGGCGCUCAUCAAGAAUGAAGCUGUUCUUAAUGAAGAAAUUGACCCCAGACUGAUGAUCGCACGCCUGCAGAAGGAAGUCCAGGAGCUGAGGGAUGAGCUGGCCCUGGUCACGGGGGAGCCGAGGACCGAGGCCCUCACAGAGGCGGAGCUCCUCCUGUAA